AUGGAAAAUAUGCAUCAAUCAAAACGGCGGCGACUUGACAGCCCUGACAGCGCGGGGAUCACGAAAACGAAUCUUGAUGGCACAUUGGAUCCUUCGUAUUCGUCAGACGCAAGAACAGAGGCCGAUUGCGAUUUCGAGAUCAUCAACCGUGAUUCUAGGGAGGUGAAUAGCGGGGAUGAUGGGAUAUUCCUAGCUGGGCAUGAAGACGUGGCCGCUGGAAAUAUAGUCUGCUAUGGAAUGCUCGAGAACCUGCCGAUCACUUCAAUAGAAACCGCUGAUGUGGUUGACAAUCCAACUUAUGUUCUCGCCUCCCUCAGCCAGAGCGGAAUCGUCCAACGAAGGUCAGAUGGGGCCUGCGUAGGCAAGCUCGACGACAAAGCCGCGGAGUGCCUAUUCAAGUUCGGUGCCGAAUCACGCGUAAACAUCCAGCUGAUGCUCAAGACGGUUGCUAGCCGGAGCUGCCCAGGACGAACAGCCAGGAUAGUGGCCCUGGCCGCUGCUAUAUUAUACGGGCCCGAGGACUUGGGCGAUGACAUCGGGGAUUUCUGGACCGCUGCAAAUAUUACCUCCAGGAUCCCUUCAACUGCGUGCACAAUGCACCAAAAACAAGCUUUGUGGUUCUUCUUAAUGCGCGAAAGUACAUCUGCUUCGAAGCAUGUCUGGCAGGCAAAGCCUGAGGAAGAUGGCGCAUUGACCUAUACCAAUAACAUCACCGGACUUCAUCAAGACGUUCCGCCACCCGCCUGGAACGGAGGCAUUCUUGCUGACGAAAUGGGCCUCGGCAAGACCCUACAAAUGAUAUCCCUUAUCAUAGCCGAUAAAGCGCUCGGUCAAGAACCAGGAGCACCUCACAACAGCCCAACUACUGCGCCGCACAUGGCGACCCUUGUUGUGGUACCUUUGCCUCCACACGUUAUUCGAAACAGGACAUUGACUUCGUCGGCCAUUUCAGCACUUAAGGCCGUCUCUCGUUGGGCUGUCACAGGUACGCCAAUACAAAACAGCUUCGCGGAUAUCGGUGGACUGCUACGAUUUCUCCAUUUCCAACCUUACGAUAAUGCGAAUAUUUUUGAUAAGGAGAUUGUUGAAUAUUUUCGACGAGAGGACGUAACAGAAGGUGUUAGGCGGCUGAAGUCACUCUGUCAGCCAAUCAUGAUCCGACGUCCCAACAGUGUCAUUGUACUUCCGACGCGACGAGAUCUUAUCAAAGUGAUACACUUCUCUACCAAAGAAAAGCAGAAGUAUGAUGAAAUAGAGAAUGCAUUUCAAGCAGUUCCGGAAGAAAUGGACAUGAGGCCCUCCGAGACGCGGUCAUGGAUAACCACGAUCCAGCUGAUCAAUAAGCUUCGGUUGUUUUGCAACCUGGGCCUAUGUUCGAGGUUCUCGGCUCUCCCCACAAGUCAACAGACAGUAGCGAUCACACCCGAAACUGACAACUCAGUUGAAACAGUGGUCGCUUCAGAGUUGGCAUUGGGGGUUGUGAAUUGCAAGGACUGUCGCAAAGCUAUCGAUAUUCCCAACAUCGUAAUUACCACUGGCAAUUCGCCAUAUGUGUACUACUCUGAGUGCCGCGAAGUUUAUUGCAACAGCUGCGUGGUGUUAAAAGACUUUCUGCCAAUCACCGGAUGUCUUUGCACAAAGAUAACCCCUUGUAAGCUACGUCCUCUUUCCCUGGAACUGAUCCAGCAAGUCAGGGACGGAGAGCUUCCUCUAGAUAAUGGUCUUCCCAUGGCGGGGAUAUCUAGCAAAGUUUACGCUCUCGUCCAGGAAAUAUCAAAAUGCCUACCUGAGAAAAGGGACAAGUUGCUUCAGAAGUUCAAAGAAGAUGAAGAGAUUAAGGUUAUGUUAAUCACUAUUUCAUGUGGAGGUAUUGGGCUUGAUUUAACAACUGCAUCCCGUGUCCACUUACUCGAGCCUCAGUGGAAUCCUGCUGUUGAGGAGCAGGCAUUAGCAAGGGUUUAUAGAAUGGGUCAACGCCGCCCAGUAGUUACAAUUCGCUAUAUUAUGAAGGAUUCUAUUGAAGAGGUUUGUCGCCCCUAUAAUACUUAA